ACCAAAUCAAACGAAUCUUGCAGCGUGUUUUCGGUGUAGAUCGCGCUCGCGCCGACCGAUUGCUCCACACGGGGGUGUACGUGGAAAGCGUGUGAUCUCCUGCUUUUCUGUCUUCAUUACAGCCAACAUGUCAACUUACUCCUGAGUCCGCCUCGUGACUUUCAACACGCCACGUAUUUUCAUCGAAUCCAAGUGUAGACGCGCACACUUGUCUCGAGAGAGCGCACGUGCGAAUCGUUAGAACGUAAUCGCAAAUCUUUUCGAUUCACGGCGAGCAUCAUCCUGCGACACCAUGAGCGCGCCGCAGGCACCAGCGAAAUUGAGAAAUGGAGUGGUGAAGCAGGUGACGUCUGGAGACACUGUUGUUAUUCGUGGACAGCCCAUGGGAGGACCUCCACCCGAAGUGACUAUUACUCUAUGCAACAUUACUGCUCCAAAAUUAGAACGCUGGAAAGGAAAUGAUAGCAUGGAUGAGACCAAAGAUGAACCAUAUGCUUGGGAAGCGAGGGAAUUCUUACGCAGGAAGUUGAUUGGUCAAGAUGUCACAUUUGCCACUGAGAAGUCGGUUAAUACAGCCAGAACGUAUGGAACUGUUUGGCUGGGAAAAGAUAGAAAUGACGAGAACGUAAUUGAAACUUUGGUGUCGGAGGGUUUGGUGAAUGUCAAAAGGGACAAUCGUAAUCCUACAGCUGAGCAACAACGAUUGAUUGAGCUGGAAAAUAUUGCGAAAGCUGCGAAGAAGGGAAAGUGGGGUGACUCACCAACCUCGGAGCAUAUACGGGAUAUUAAAUGGACCGUCGAUGAUCCUCGGAAAUUGGUUGAGAAGUUCAGCAAGAAACCAAUUAAAGCCGUAAUCGAAUUCGUCUUCGACGGCUCCACUGUGAGGGCUUUCCUCUUGCCCGACUUCUACAACAUAACAUUGAUGAUCUCAGGCGUUCGUUGUCCUGGCUGGCCCAACGGGCGCCGCGAGAAUUCCGUCGGUGAUCCUUAUGCAGACGAAGCCAGAUACUUUGUGGAAUCGCGACUCUUGCACAGAGACGUUGAGAUAGUGUUGGAAUCGGUCAACAAUAACAACUUCAUUGGUAGUGUCAUUCAUCCAAAAGGAAAUAUUGCUGAAAUUUUGCUGAGCGAGGGUUUCGCAAAAUGUCAAGAUUGGUCAAUCAGUAAUAGCAGAUCGGGCGCGGAAAAACUGUAUCUCGCUGAGAAAGCGGCGAAGGAAGCGCGUUUGCGUCUGUGGAAAGACUACAAACCGUCCGGUCCGCAGAUCGAAUUCACCGGCACGGUCGUGGAAAUUAUUAACGCGGACGCGCUCAUCAUUCGCACGCAGAACGGCGAGAACAAAAAAGUAUUUCUUAGUAGUAUUCGACCGCCCACUCGUGAGAAGAAGAACAUCGAGGACAGCAACAAUACUGCUCGACCGAAGGAUUUCAGACCUCUUUACGACAUACCUUGGAUGUUGGAAGCGCGAGAAUUUUUGCGCGAGAAGUUCAUCAGGAAAAACGUAAAAGUGGUGGUUGAUUAUACGCAACCGGCUAGGGACAACUUCCCGGAAAAGCUGUGUUGCACUGUAACGUGCGGCAAAACGAAUAUCGCGGAGGCGUUGGUCGCUCGGGGUCUCGCGCGAGUGAUCAAAUACAGGCAGAACGACGAUCAGCGUUCUUCUCACUACAAUCUCCUGCAAGUCGCGGAGAGCAAAGCGGAAAAAUCGCAGCACGGACUGCAUGCGAAGAAAGACAUUCCAGUUCACAGAAUAGUGGAUCUCUCGAACGAUCCCUCUAAGGCGAAAGCGUUCCUGACAUCGCUCAAACGAGCGCAGGGAAUCAGAGGAGUCGUCGAAUUCGUGACAAGUGGCUCACGUCUGAAGCUCUACCUUCCCAAGGAAGAUUACGUUAUCACGUUCGUAUUGGCUGGAAUACGAACCCCGCGCUGCCAGAGAACAUUGCCCGGCGGCGGAGUGUUGAAAGCCGACGAAUACGGUGAGAAAGCUCUAGCCUUCACCAAGGAGCAUUGUUUCCAACGAGACGUGGAGAUCAAGAUCGAGAAUACGGAAACGAAGUCGAGCGGUUUCAUCGGCUGGUUAACAGUGAACGACGUCAACAUGUCCGUCGCUCUGGUUGAGGAAGGUCUGGCUGAAGUCGUGAAUUUCCCGGAUUCCGGAGAACUCACGAGAACCCUCAAGGCUGCGGAAGAACGUGCGAGAGCGAAAAAACUUAAUGUUUGGAAGAAUCGCGUGGAAGCGCCAGUGGAGAGCGACAAGAUCGUUGACGAGAAGGAAGGACAGGAGCGCAAGAUCGAUUAUCAGAAGGUCGUGAUCUCCGAGGUCACCGACGAUCUUCAUUUCUACGCCCAAUCUGUCGAUCAGGGCACUAUGCUGGAGAACAUGCUUCUGCAACUGCGCCAGGAGCUGGUUGCGAAUCCGCCACUUCCUGGCGCUUACAAGCCGACGAGGGGCGAUUUAGCGGUUGCAAAAUUCAGCGGCGAUGAUCAGUGGUAUCGCGUGAAAACGGAGAAGGUCUCCGGGACCAACGUCAGCGUAUUCUACAUUGAUUACGGCAACAGGGAGACGCUUAAUGUCACGCGAGUCGCUGAUUUACCGGCGCGUUUCGCGACUGACAAGCCGUACGCUCAUGAGUACGCACUGGCAUGCGUGACUCUUCCGAGUGACACUGAUGACAAGAGAGCGGCGGUGGAUGCUUUUAAGGAAGAUGUGCUGGAUAAAAUCCUGCUGUUAAACGUCGAAUACAAGUUGAGCAGUAACGUAAUUGCCGUAUCGUUGAUGCACCCCACCUCAAACGAAGAUAUCGGAAAAGGACUUAUCUCCGACGGUUUCCUGCACGUUCAGAAGCAUCGAGAUAGGAGACUCACUAAACUGAUUGAGGAAUAUAAAAAAGCCGAGGAAGACGCGAAGCACAACCAUCGUAAUAUCUGGAUGUACGGAGACGUAAGGCCGGAAGACGAUGACAAAGAAUUUGGGUUGUAAUUGAUAUAAGUGCUCAAAUGCCGGGGAUAAGUAUUAUCGAUAUGGGAAUAAAAAGGACAGAUCAUGUUAAAUAAAAAGCAAAAAGCCGCGUAAUAAGUAUGAUACUAUGUAUGCUACAUAGAUAAAACUAAGAAUAUGAUGAAUAUUGAUACGGGAGUUACAUGUCGCGUUAGUCGCAUACAAUGCAAUGAUAUAUUUCAGUAUAUAUAUAUUAUAUAUAUAUACAUAUGAAACAAAAUGAAUUGUACAUAACGAUUUUAAUAAUUUCAAUGAACAAAGUGCAUGUGCAAACAGUCUUCAAACAAGACUACGCGAUCAUUGGCAUCAUGUUCUCAUCGAUAUGAACAUUUGUUAAUAACUUGAUACCACAAUAUAAAUUGUUUGAGGAUCCAAUAUUCUCAAUUCAUAUGAAAUCUUCAAUGUGCAAUUCAACAUGUUAAGUACGUUCAGUUAUGUUAGAUAUGUUAAUUAAUUGCUUUUCCUACAUAUCUAUGUGAAUAGAAACAAUAACAAUCGUGUUUGCGUGCUACUUUUUCCAAGUUUUUAUAUACAAGGAUGAUCACGUGUAGCUAGAGCUGUAGAAUUUAUAAUCGCAAAUCUAAUCCGGCACUGACGGUUAAACAGAAUUACUUAGAGAAAGUUCAUAUCAACAGAAUAUCAGAAUAUUUUUAAUUAAAGACAUUGGCACAGAGUAUCAUCCAAGACACAUUUUUCAACUUUUAAAUGACAUGUGUGUGUGUGCGCGCGCGCGAAUUCAGCAUAACAAAUGAGGAUAUAUUAAUAAUAUAAAGAAAAAGAUACUUUUACAAUUAAGUAUAUCAUCUUUCUUGUGACUCUUCUAUCUUUUCUCUGAAUGAAUUUCACGUUAUACAUGUACGUUGUAUGCAUAAAGUUUGACAUUAAUGUACUUACAAAAAAAUUAUUAAUGCAAUUGUCCUACAGAUCAGUCCUGCAAAUUACAGUACAAGAAUAAAUAUGAAGUUUAAAUAAAUAUUCGAGAUAUUUACAAUAAGAGCAAAUAUUAUGUCUACUAUAUCUACUAUGUGUUCAGUGAAGUAACUCACAAUUUUUUUGCGGUAUAAAGAAUAUAUACAUAUAUAUAUUUUAUGUACGUAGAAUAUAUAUAUAUGUAUAUUUUAUGCAUUAUAUAGAAUGAGUUAGCUUGUUUAUUUUAUUAGAACUACUGUGUUGUGUGUUAUACCUUUAAUUUACCACCUUGAACUAUGCACGAUGUAAUUUUUUUAGGUUUUUUUUUUUGAAUAUUUUGUAAUGGAACUUUGAUCUGUGGUAAUAUGCUGACGUUAUCAUGAUUCAUCAACUUUAUUUUGUAAAUAAAAUCCUAUUGGAUAUUUGAUACACUGUACACAUUGUAGGAUCAAAAAAUAAAAAAAAAAACACUUGUUUGAAUUACUUUUUAAGUAUAUUACAAUUUUGAAGAUCUACGAGAUACAAAAAUUUCCGUUGUAUCUAUACAUUCAAUUAUCUACUUUACAUUAUGAUGUUAUAUGCAUAGUGAUAAUACUGUCUUAUAUUUCAAAUACUUAUCUUCUGCAAUAAGAAAAUAUAUUGAGUAAUCAUGCAGAGAGCAUAACUAUGUUGUAGAAAUAUACGAAGUGAUCAAGAUGUUUGAAUAAAUAUGAGAGGAAUGUUUUCCAAUA